GACUUAAGCAAGCUUGUGUUGAACCGUCGACUUCUCGGAAUUGACUGGAAGGAAGGGAGAAGGAGACUGGACGGAUCAUGGAAAUUUCUUUUGUGUUUUUCCUUAUCAUUAUAGGAAGAGAAGCUGAUCAUUGGGAAUGGGCUGGGGAGGAUAUCGUUUGUAGUAGAAGGAAGGAGAACAGCCGCCUCAGGAUCGGCUUCAGUUUCUGCAGCAGGAAAGACUUGAGAUGGAGCUUGUUGAAGGGGGGGAGGGCAGCAGCAGUACUCCUCCAAGGGACAAAGUGUACGUUGCAGUGGGGAGCAAAGUGAAGCAGAAUCAGAAGAAUUUGGAAUGGGCACUUGCGAAAUUUGGGGCAGCAGAUUUCUUCAUUCUUCAUAUCCAUAUUCCCUCGCCUACGAUGCCCGCACCAAUGGGAGGAAAAAUGCCUUGUUCAGGUGCUUCAGAGCAAAAAGUGAAGGAGUUUAGAAAGGAGGAACGCAUGAAGAUGGAGGAAGUAAUUCAACAGUACAUGGCCAUAUGUGCUGCCCACAAGGUAAAUGUGGACAAGUUGGAGCUGGAAUCCAGUGACGUCCAGAGAGGCAUUGUUGAAUUAGUGGCUCAAUGCAACAUCAAAAUUCUCGUGAUGGGAGCAGGUGCUGACCAAAGAUUCGACAAGACAAUGUCGAAGCCUGCCUCUUCCAAGGCACAGUAUGUGGAGGCUAAAGCCUUGCCUUCAUGCCAAAUAUGGUUCGUCUGCAAAGGAAAUCACAUCUGCACCCGGCAAGUCGCGACCUCCCACAACCCGACCAGGAUUGCACCGUGGAGAAUUCAUUCUGAAAAGUUAAGCCAAUCUUCCACGAAGGGGAAGUCAAUGAUAAAGCAAUUUUUUAGCUUCCCUGCAGUUAGGGACCAGUCCUCGUCACAAGAAGUUACAGUGCCGCAGUUGGGGAGAGAUGCUUCUGGUGCGUCUUCUAUUUUCUCAAGCGAUGAUGGUAGUGGUGCUUCGGAAUGGUCUGCGCCAACGGAAGAAAAUGAUGAUGAUGAUGUGGAUGAUGGUGGUGUUAGUGGUGAACUGAAGAGGGAAUCAGAGGAAAUGACGCUCUUAGAAGGGAUGGCUCAACUAUCGGUCAAGAUUGAAGAGCUACAGAGGCGGAAUGGCGAGCUAGAGAGAGAGAACACUUCGCUGUCAGCUAAGAACUCGGCAUUACACCAACAACUUGCAGAACUGACCCACAUCAACCGCUCACUGCAGAAGCAAAAUGAUGAAGCAAAACAGGCACAGAAGCAGCUCGAAGAAGCACAACUAGCUCUCACUAACAUUGACAAAGGAAUGCCAGCAAUCCCCAACUUCCUACAGUUCAACCUUGCUGAAUUAAAAGAAGCCACGAAGGGCUUCAGCCAAGAGAUGAAAAUCGGACGUGGAGGUUAUGGAACGGUGUACAAGGGCAAACUCCAUCACACAACGGUUGCUAUAAAAAUUCUCAACCCUGAAACCAUCCAUGGGGAAGCUCAGUUCAAUCAGGAGAUACAAGCACUUACAAGGGUAAGACAUCCAAACCUGGUUGCAUUGAUUGGAGCUUGCCCUGAGGAGCGGUGCAUUGUCUAUGAGUACGUCGAGAAUGGCAACUUGAAUGACCACAUUUUUUGCGACGAUAGUCCGCUGUCAUGGAAGGACCGCCUCAGAAUUGCAGCAGAGAUUUGCUUAGCCCUACUUUUUCUACACUCUGCCAAGCCCCAUCCCAUUGUCCAUGGCGAUUUGAAGCCUGCCAACAUCCUCCUUGAUGCCAACAAUAAAACCAAGAUAGCAGAUUUCGGAAUAUGUCGCUUUUUAUCGGAACCACAACGGGAGUCCAUUGACACUGUUCUUAAGCUUACACACCCUAAGGGCACCUUAGGGUACAUGGACCCUGAAUUCAUGGCCACCAAAGAGCUAACCUUCAAGUCUGAUGUGUAUGCAUUUGGCAUCAUUCUGCUGCAGUUGCUAACUGGGAAAAGUGAGUUGGGUUUAGUGAAGGAGGUUGAAACUGCAUUGGAGAAUAAAGUACUGCCCUCAAUCUUAGACCCUAACGCGGGAAAAUGGAAGCUUACUGAAGCUACCAAGCUGUCUAAUCUAGGGCUGCAGUGCUGCCAGACGACCAGAAGAAGCAGGCCUAACUUGGAGACCCAAGUCUGGCGGCAGAUGGAACGUUACCUGUAGUGUACAUUUUCUUGCUUAUUUGUUGUAAAUUGAAACAGCUACUUGCUUCCUUCUACACAAUUUACUGAAUGGCUACACGAAUUGCCAUACGUUGUCUUAA